AUGGGAAUAUCACCGAUACAAACGCGGGACAUCGCUGCAGUAUGCGAGGCCCUAUCCGAUACCAAGAGCGAACCUCGCCAAGCUUCAAAUCCUGCCGGCGCUGCCCAGCUGGAUUCAUCCCACUUGAAACCCGUUUCAGAUGCUCAAUCAAUUGCUAGUGGCGGGAUUACUGAGGCUACCACCGAGCUCCUUCAGAGGGUCGAGUUGCAGAUGGUCCGAGAACAGGCCGAGUAUAACAAAUACGUGAAAGCAGCAGACAAGGUGCUCGGUUUGGAGCAAUCUUUGAAAGCUGCUCCUCAUCUCCAAGGGCCCAUAUGCACACACCGUUUCUGGAAAACCCAAACCCCGGAAUCCCCAGCUAUGAAGGUAGGCAUCUAUAAGGUCAAGACUUUGAAUAAGCGCGUGCGAACUUUUUGGUUUAUCAAGGGUUCCAAGCUGGGCAAUGGACCGUCUGGACUCCACACCUCGAUGGAUGCUGAUGGCGUCACUACGGAGCAUGGUUUGCUUGCAACCGAAGCAGAGACAAAAGACGAGCCUAAGGACUCAUGGGGCCUGCUGCGCGAAUAUCUUAGGCAAAUUUGCCGAAAAGAGGUAAGAGAACGUGCAGAGGAGCAGGAUCGUGCUAGAAACUGUAGGGAUUGGUGCAUCGGUAUUAAUAGUGUUCAUGGGGAGCUCUAUGACAGAUUUUUGCGCUUUGAUACUAUGCCGCCUUUCGACCUAGAGCCUCUUAUAAACCUGCAUGUUAAAGGCCAUAGGUUUUUGAGCAAUAUGGCUUCUUGA